CGAGCGCCCGCGCCUUCUGUCUGCACCCCUUCCUUGCCGGCCGGCACUUCGGCUGCACAGUUUUACCCAAGCCUCGAGACUUAGUGAGCAGUUCCUCAGAUUCAGAAAUGGGAGAAUGUACAGCCUUGCUACUUUCAAACUGUGGACUGCACACCAGCUGCAUUGAUAUCCCCAGAGAGCUUGUUAGAAAUGCAGAUUCUCGGCCAAAUGAAAGACUGCAUUUUAACAAGAUUCCUAGUAAUUCUCAUGUGCCUUAAAUUUGGAGAAGCGUUGUCCAGGAAAUGACCUCCUGUUUUCAAACAAAUAAUGAAUUUGCCCACUUUUCUGGCAGAACCAAUCCGAUGGCUGGGAGUCAGGGACGUGGACGUGCAGCCUACACCUUUAACAUUGAGGCAGUCGGGUUUGGCAGAGGCGAAAAGUUACCUGAUGUAGUACUGAAACCCCCGCCACUGUUCCCUGAUACAGAUUAUAAACCAGUGCCACUGAAAGCAGGAGAGGGUGAAGAUUAUAUGCUGGCCUUGAAACAGGAGUUGAGAGAAACUAUGAAAAGAAUGCCUUAUUACAUAGAAACACCUGAAGAAAAACAAGAUAUUGAAAGAUAUAGUAAAAGAUACAUGAAGGUGUACAAAGAGGAGUGGAUACCAGAUUGGAGAAGACUUCCAAGAGAAAUGAUGCCAAGGAAAAAGUGCAAAAAAGCAGGCCCCAAAUCCGAAAAGGUGAAAGAUACGGGCAAAGGUGCUUCACUCACUAAUACUGCAGAUGUGUUGAAAAAAAUCGAGGAAUUGGAAAAGAGAGGUGAUGGUGAAAAAUCAGAUGAGGAAAAUGAAGAGAAAGAAGGAGGCAAGGAGAAAAAUCAAGAAGGCGACGAGGAGGACGACGACGCCGCAGAACAAGAGGAAUAUGAUGAAGAAGAGCAAGAAGAGGAAAAUGACUACAUUAAUUCAUACUUUGAAGAUGGAGAUGAUUUUGGUGCAGACAGUGACGACAACAUGGAUGAAGCAACCUAUUAGCUAUGAAAUUUCUCCCAAAAUAUCUUUAUGAUACCACUUCUGAACAUUUGGACUUGUUUUCUAUUCUGAUAAGGAAUAUUAUAUUUUUGUUCUUUUGUUGGACAAAUACUUGCUGUCAAAAUAUUCAAGACCACUUUGAGUUUACAUACUAGUUACCUUUCCAAUCAGUCUCUGAUACUCUGACAUUCCUUUUCAACACCCCUGUCAUCUGUCUUAUGUAUUCAAGUGGAUUUUUCUUGUAUCAUUUGGAUUUCAAUGUGCCUAGAGUUUUUGCAUUUUUUAAUCUAUGUAUUCAUACUUGAACAAAUUACUCUUGUUGAACUCGAUCUGUUGUAAAACUAUUACUAGUCAUUAUAGUGGAUUUCUGUAAUCUGAAAGUUGAUAUAAUAAUACUGCACAAAGAGCACUUUAGAAACAAACUUGAAAAUAAUUUUAUCUUUUACUUUCGCAUGGUAUGUUCUGUGCUGCAUUAUAAAUGACUGCAAAAACCUACCUGAGCUCUUAGAAUUGCAUAUUUUAUGAGAUUGGAAGUUUUGUGAUCAAAAACAUCCAGGGAAAAAUGCCCCAUUCUGAACUGUAUGAAUUUCCCAACUCACAUCUCAGCCUGUACAAAAACCUGGGAUGAAUACUAAAAAUACUUGAACUUGGAGCCAACUCAAUACCACUUAACAUAUAAUCAUCUCACUGUAGUUGUUUGAUAUCUUUGAAUAGUUUAUGAAAAAUUAGAUACCUAAAGUGUAAAGAAAGUUCUAGUCAUAAAUCUCACUGCAGAAUGCAUGUGUACGAAAUCUGUGCGGUGUAGUGGCCGUUGUUAAAUUUCACAGGACUCAUAGUCAUCCAAUUGAUUUAUAUAACAAUGGAGAAUAAAACUCAGGUCAUUUUAAAAUUAAGAUUAAUCUUUUUUGUUUUGAUUAAAAACUAGCUCCCCUGCCUUUUUAUAUUUUGGCAGGGAAAAUACCUAAAACCCCCAGGCUCCAAAGACACACAAAUGCCAAAGAUUUUCAAGGGAAUUCAUAUUGUAUAUUUUUAAAUGAUUUAAUAUUCCCUACCAAAAAGAAUAAAGACGGUAAUUGUUCCCUUUGGAGAAGACAUUACCCAUUACCUUCUAACCUUGAGAAUCAAAGCCCUAGAUUUUGUUUCUACCUUUACUAUAGACUCAACCUUGAAAAUGAGCUUGGUUUUCUGUGCCUUAGUGUCUUCACCUGUAAACUAUUGUCUAUAAACAUUGCUUACACACCAACCAAAAUUUGCCAUGCAUAUUCAUUCAUACCUUAUAGAAAUGAUCACUUAAUUUAAAUUUGGUUCUCACCCUCUAAAAAAUGGUAGCUUCAUUAAGUGGUUGAAAACAAAAGUUCUGAAAAACAAGCAUGUUUUCCUCACAAACUAUAUUAUAACCUGAUUUUCCCAUCUUGUAUUCUGGAGGGAAGGAUUGGAGAAAAUUUAUGUCUUGUGCCAUUUUGUAACAUGACUUUCUCAGGAAAAACAUCACUUUCAAUACCUCCUCAGAUUAUUCAAGGUGGGUGUGAAGACCAUUGUUAGUUCAGUGUGUCGAUCAUAUGUAAAUUAUUUGUUGAAAUUAGCUUCUGGGAAAUUUUAAACAUUCUAAAUGGAAAACAAAAAAAGUCCACAUUAAAACAACAAUCUACUGGACUUAAAGUAGAAACUCACAUAAAGUUUCUAAUUUUAAUGGUCAAAUAAAGUCACUUGGGAUUGUUAAAUAAAACACUUGAUGUUUUAUUCUCACCUCCUUAGUACCUUAGCCAAAUACCAUUUAAUUUACAGAAAUCUGAUCUCAAUGGUUCUAUUUACUUGCUUCGGUAUAAAUCUGCAGAUAACCCUGUGAAUUGGUCAGAUGCACUGAAGAUACAGGUAUUUAUUUUCCUAGCUUUCAAUUUUGCCUCCAGUUUUAGUCCAGCAGAUGGUAAGAUAGCCCCUUUGGGCAGGGAUUUGCUUCAGGAGGCCCGAGCCAUCUGCCUUAAGCGCAGUCUUCCCCCUUUGGAAGAUCUUUUUAUAAGUUUAAAGUAGACUAACUGUUGAAGACAGGGAGUAUUUACCCGUUGCUUUACCAGCAUGAAUCUUGUCUUUCUGGCUUAAAAUCUCAGACACUGUGAAGUUAGUUAUUCCAUAAGAAGGAAAACUUUAAUGCAGAGAUAGCCUCCUGCACAUAAAAAAGUACUUGUUGGUGAAGUGUCUUUACAAUUGCUGUAUUAACAGGCCAAACUGUUUUGUUGCUAUAAUGCUUAUUUUCCUGUUUACACAUUAAAUUCUUACAAAACAAAGUUGUGUCCUUUUGUUUUAUAUAAACAUGGUUUAUUUUGAACCUACUUAAAUAUGUUUGAGAAAACAGAUUUGUUAAUACAGAUUUUACAUAGUAAAGUAACUGUUAUUUAUUGAGCAAGUAUGACAGUUACCAAAUAUUCUUCAAUAAACCACCCACAAAAGAAAACUCUAGAUGGUUAAAGUCAUGUUAACAAAUUAAGAGAUUUGGCAGACAGUGUAAUAUUAGUAUGAUCACUGGUAUCGGGGACUGACUUAACAGUGGAUACAAGAGAAUGCUAAGAAAUUUGGAAGAUCCUGUUAACCUUUCCAUCCCUACCACAUUCAGAUGUACAGUGUCAUGGCUUUGCCUCCAUAUGCUUAAAGGCUCUGGAGUUAGUAAAAACUUAUUAUUAAGGGCGCCUGGGUGGCUCAGUUCAUGAUCCCGGGAUCCUGGGAUCAAGCCCCGCAAGGGACUCCCUGCUCAUCGGGAAGCCUGCUUCUCCUUCUCCCUCUCCCCCUGCUUGUGUUCCC